UGCUUUUUUUGUUUAACUUUUUCCUUUGUAUCAGUGCUUAGACUUUUGAUUCCAUACGAUUUCUUGUUUCUGAAUAUUAUCAAUCAAACACACAUAACUAUCUGUGAGGAAAUAAAUCACUUGCAUUCACACUUCCGCGUCGUGACUCAGCUAAUUAAUUGUAUUUGUUCUGUACCUAUACCAUUGAUGAUACUACGGUUCUGAUUUGAUCGACAAAGCUCAGAUUUUUUUUAUCAGAAUGGUUUCGGUUGAUAAUGGGAUUGGGAAUUCCAAAGAUGAAAUUGAGGAAUCUAAUGGGAAUAAAGUGAAUGAGUUUACAUCUAUAGAUAUUUCAACUACUCAUAAAACAUUUGUGAACAGUGAAGAUCCUCAGAGAAGGCUUCAGGGCACGUUAGGUUCUUCUGUUCCUAAUAGGAUAAACUUUCUUAAAUUUGAUUCUGCAUCUGCCAAAUUCAGAAGGCUUGCUACUGAGAGAGACCAGGUUUCACUAUCUGUGCCUUCUCCUCGUCCAAAGAGCUUAAGAUCACGUUUCAGUGGCAUGUUUGCUCAGAAACUUGACUGGGGUUCAGUCAAGAAAAUGUUCAUUGAAUGGAUUAGAAGUCCAAUGAACAUGGCCCUUUUUGUGUGGAUUGUUUGUGUCGCGGUUUCGGGAGCAAUUCUGUUCCUUGUCAUGACAGGUAUGUUGAAUGGUCUACUACCUAGAAAGUCUCAGAGAAAUACAUGGUUUGAAAUAAACAACCAAAUACUCAAUGCAUUGUUUACACUCAUGUGUUUGUACCAACACCCUAAGAGAUUCUACCACCUUGUUCUUCUGAUCAGAUGGAGACCAACUGACAUCUCUAGCCUUAGAAAGGUAUAUUGCAAGAAUGGCACUUACAAGCCUCACGAGUGGACACAUAUGAUGGUAGUUGUGAUUCUCCUUCAUGUUAACUGUUUUGCUCAAUAUGCACUUUGUGGUCUAAACUUAGGGUAUAAAAGGUCUGAGAGGCCUGCCAUUGGUGUUGGAAUAUGUAUAUCUUUUGCAAUUGCUGCUCCUGCAAUUGCUGGUUUGUACACCAUUCUUAGCCCACUUGGGAAGGACUAUGAUUGUGAGAUGGAUGAAGAAGCACAGGUUCAAGUUACGGCUUCUCAAGGGCAAGAGCAGCUGAGAGAGAAACCAUUUGAGAAGAAUUAUUCAUUUGCAUCCAAAGAUGAUCAACAAAGGUUUGUUGAAAAUAGACCUAAGUGGAGUGGAGGAAUACUUGACAUUUGGAACGAUAUUUCCUUGGCAUAUCUCUCACUUUUCUGCACUUUUUGUGUGUUUGGGUGGAAUAUGGAGAGACUUGGCUUUGGAAACAUGUAUGUUCAUAUUGCCACUUUUAUGCUGUUUUGUAUGGCACCCUUCUGGAUUUUUUUUUUGGCUUCUGUUAACAUAGAUGAUGACAAUGUUAGGCAGGCUCUAGCAGCUGUUGGAAUCAUUCUUUGUUUUCUUGGUUUACUGUAUGGUGGAUUUUGGAGGAUCCAAAUGAGAAAGAGGUUCAAUUUACCUGCCUAUGACUUCUGUUUUGGCAAACAUUCAGUUUCUGAUUGCAUACUUUGGCUAUGCUGUUGCUGGUGCACUCUUGCUCAAGAAGCAAGGACGGGGAAUAACUAUGAUCUUGUAGAAGAUAAAUUCUCAAGGAAAGAAACUGAUACUAGAGAUGAAAAACCAUCAAUUUCACCUUUGGCUCGUGAAGAUGUAGUAUCAACCAAAUCUGGCACAAGUUCUCCUCUUGGUAGUACUAGCAACUCUUCCCCUUAUGUGAUGAAAACAUCUAGUCCUCCAAAUUCAAGCAAUGUCUUAAAGGGAUAUUACACUUCAGAUAGGAUGCUAUCUAAUUUGAACCAAGAGAAUUGUGAAAGAGGUAAAGAUGGAACAAUGAACCCGCCGGCUCCUUCAUUGAUACAAAGAGAAUGAUUGUUGAGUUUUACAAUUUUAAUGUGUGUUCCAUCUAUACUGAGACUAAGUGAGUAUUAAUGGUUGUGAAUUGGCAACCAGGUUAAUUUGUUCUCCAUCUUGCCUUUAGCAAAUAAUUUGUUGGUUAAUAUAGUUUCCAUGCUGAUCUUAUGACAUUGGCAGAUAGGCAUCAGUGAAUGAUUAUACAAUAUAUGGAUUUUCCUUCUUGUUCAAUCCAAAGAUACAACUUGCUCCA